AUGAAACAGCCCCUGGAGACAAUAGUUCAACACGACAGCAGGGCCGAGAGCCACCCUCGUCCCUUCUAUGGCUUCCGUCACAGCAUUUAUCACGUGGGGAGACGUCUCGAAUAUGUUCGGCCACACAUAGUUGAGCAGGUGGACCAGAGCGUCCUCGCAACCAAGCCCAGCAACACCCAACGCCAUAUGCUUCACAGCCGAAGCUGCAGUCUGCCGGUGAACCAAGUCCCUGUCCAUAAGUGCAUCCUCGAGCAAAGGCGUCACAGCAUAGAUAUAGUCCUUCCCCAU